AUGGAGGAAGUAAAGCUUUUGGGUCACGUGGUAUCUGACAAGAGAAUAUCAGUAGACCCAACUAAAGUAGAAGCAGUGACAGAAUGGAAGCAACCUAAGAACACAUUUGAGAUUCGUAAUUUCUUAGGAUUGGCCGGUUACUAUCGAAGAUUCAUUCAAGACUUUUCAAAAUUGGCCAAACCAGUGACACGUUUGACUCAAAAGAGGGUAAAGUUUGAAUGGAAUGAGUUUUGUGAAAAUUCAUUCCGAGAACUUAAGAAAAGAUUGACGAGUGCCCCUAUUCUCAUAGUGCCAGAACGUGACGUUGGGUACAACGUGUAUUGUGAUGCUUCCAAAGAAGGUCUGGGGUGCGUAUUGAUGCAGAAUGGCAAGGUGGUGGCAUAUGGAUCAAGGCAAUUAAAGAGCCAUGCGAAGAAUCAUCUCAUCCAUGACUUGGAGUCAGCAGCUAUAGUUCACGCACUCAAAAUUUGGAGACAUCGUGGGACGGAAUAG